AUGAGGAUCACCGCCGGUCUGAUGAUCGGUGGCUCCAUCGUCGCCACCGCGUUCACCGUCCUCAACGCGUUCCUCAUGAACAAACAGUUCUAUCCGGCAAUUGUGUAUCUUUCAAAAAGCAACAGCAGUAUGGCAGUCAUCUACUUUCAAGGAAUCGUACUCAUUUACUUGCUCUUUCAACUGCUCAAAUCGAUCUUCUUCGGAGACUUGAGAGCAGCAGAGGCAGAGGUAAAAACGUCAGCUCCGCCACAUCAAUGUCUUCCUUCCUUCCUUUUUAGCAUCUUUCCGAACGAACGUGGCACGCAGUUUUGGAGACGUGUCUCGCAUUCACCGUCUUCCGCGACGACUUCUCCGCAGUCUUUGUCCUCCAAUUCAUCGGUCUCCUCUUCAUAAAGUGCUUCCAUUGGCUGGCAGACGAUCGAGUCGACAUGAUGGAACGGAGUCCCGUCAUCACACUCCGUUUCCAUCUCAGAAUGAUGACCGUGCUCGCCGCGCUCGGGUUUGCCGACUCUUAUUUCGUCUCCAGCGCCUAUUUCACCACAAUGAAUCGGGGAGCCAGUGCGCAGAUUGUAUUCGGAUUCGAGUGAGAUCUUUCCGUUUUCUCCGUGAUUCUUUCUAAGGCCCCUUUCAGAUACGCAAUCCUUCUUGCUCUGGUGCUCCACGUGACACUCAAGUACUUGCUGCACAUGCACGAUCUGCGAAACCCCCAGUCCUGGGACAACAAGGCCGUCUACCUACUCUACGCAGAGCUGUUUAUCAGUGAGUUUUCGAAUUUCCCAUUUGGAGCACACCAAGUCGAGGCAAUUCAAUCAAAUUACCCAUUUCGAUAAGUGAAAGGCCGGCAUAAUGGGCCACAUAACCGCUACGGUCACAUUUCUCUUUUCGUCUGUUCAAAUAGGAACUUUUGAAAACGCGUCAACAAAAUUCGAAUUAACCGAGAGACGUACCGUAACCCUCCGAAUUGCAGACCUUAUCCGCUGCUUCCUCUACGGAUUCUUCGCAGUCAUCAUGCUCCGCGUGCACACGUUCCCACUCUUCUCCGUCCGUCCAUUCUACCAAUCCGUCCGCGCCCUCCACAAAGCAUUCCUCGACGUCAUUCUCUCCCGAAGAGCAAUCAAUGCGAUGAACAGUCAGUUCCCGGUGGUGACCGCCGAAGAGCUGGCCGCAAUGGACGCGACGUGCAUCAUCUGCCGUGAAGAGAUGACUGCCGAUUCGGCGCCAAAACGUCUCCCGUGUUCUCACGUCUUCCACGCGCAUUGCCUUCGUAGUUGGUUCCAGAGACAACAGACGUGCCCCACGUGCCGUACUGACAUUUGGCGUAAGGAUAAAAAUAAAUUGAAAAUGGGUUCAUAAGCAUAUCUUGGACUUUCAGAAGGUCGAAACGGAGCAGCGGCCAACGCAGCAGAUGCGAACAGAAACGGAGCAGAUCAGAACGGAGCAGCCGUCCCGCCUGUGGCUGGAGUCCCUCCUUUCGUCCCAUUGUUCGGCCAUCAGUUCGGAUUCCCGCAGAAUCUACAAAUUCCUCCAGCCGCCGGAGCUCACAAUCAUCAGGGACCGUUCCCGCACAAUAUCUUCUACGCGCCAGCUCCACCAAACAGACCCGAGUUCAUGGUACGUUCCAUUCUUCCUCCCUCCCGUUUUCCGAUGAUAGAAGGCUUCUUCAGAAUCUCGUCGCGCCACCGGUCCGAUGGGAGGCCCACCAGCUAUGUAUCCGAUGAUGCCUCCGCCACCACCUCCACAAGCUCCGGCCGACGGCGCUGAUCCCGAUGCGUCCACCUCGGCGGCGUCUACAUCUGCUGUUCCAGGAGCAUCGCACGUUCCUCUCAUUCCGCAACUUCCCUCCUACAACGAACUGACGACUGAGGAGCUGCGCCGAAUGGAAGGCGACACGCGACAAGCGAUUCUCGCUCGUCUCGCCGCCAUGGACAACAUCUUAGUGCUUCUGGAAUCGGCUCAGAUGCAGAUGAUCCAGUUGGCUGCCGUCACUCCGAACAUGCGCCUCCGCCCGGCAAAUGGAACCGCUGCUCCCGCUCCAGCUGAUCCAUCCGCCCCGACAGCGUCCGCUGAGGUCCCAACUGAACCGAUGGAAUCCGAGAUCGAAGUGCACGAGCUCCCGUCGGAGCAGACUCAACGACCGGAACAUCCUCCCGCGCCUCCUUCUAUUUUCGGCAAGAACUCGACUUCUACUCCUUCCUCUUCUUCUGCGCUUUCUUCAUCCACUCCUUCAGCGUCAUCGCCAACACCCAUCUCUUCAGGAAAUCUGCGAACUCCAGAAGCGGAAGAAGUUCGCCAACGUCGUCUGGCUCGUCUCCUCGGAGAAACGCAGAAUCAGUCGCCCUAA